AUGAGCCACGGUGAAGGAGGCGCCGGCCCUGUGCCUCUCGAUGAGGGCAGCCUGGUCAAGGAGAUUCCAGCAAGCCAGCUCGAUCUCCUCCUCAGUCCACCUGCUCCCGGUGAAGAAGCCCAAGAAGUUCGCGCCAUCGGCAGCGUUCCUGGUCGACAUCAUGGCGAUCUUGAGCUCCGCCACGAGCUGCUGCUCUUCCAGAGGCCCCUGUGGAAGAGUGUCGUCGAAGACGACCUUGCCAGUUCGACGGGUCCCCUUCCUGGCCGCCUCGUAUGA